AGCAAUUACAUAAUCAUCCUUUCAUCCAAUCUAAUCAAAUAAUCGUAUACUCUCGAGUCUCAACAUCACCCUCAAGUCGACAUCCUAACAGUCAUGACCAGCCGAGCGGAAUUGAUCGCUUGGGUUAAUGACCUCCUUCAAAUUUCCUACACCAAAAUCGAGCAAUGCGGAAGCGGUGCAGCCUACGCUCAAAUCAUUGACUCGAUCUACCACGAUGUCCCUUUGAGCCGAGUCAAAAUGAAUGCAAAUCAGGAGUAUGAAUAUGUGAACAAUUUCAAAGUGCUUCAAAGCGUUUUCAAGAAACAUCAAAUUGACAAGCCUAUCCCAGUCACUGCUCUGAUCAAAUGCAAGAUGCAAGACAAUCUCGAAUUCAUGCAAUGGCUCAAGAAAUAUUGGGAUAUGCAUUUCCCCGGGGGAGAGUACGAUGCCGUUGCUAGGCGGAGGGGGGCACCUGCCGAUCCAAAUCCAUUGAUUGCUGCUCCGCCUGCAGCAUUGAGAAGUUCCACAAACGGUGGGGCUGCAAGAACCGCCGCGGCCACAAGACGAGCCCCAGUUGCUAGUGGUGGGGUACGUGCUGGAAGUCGCGCAGGAGGCGCAGCGUCCGCAAGCAGAGAGGUUGAACAAUUGACUGCUCAACUCGACGAGUUCAAACUGAGUCUCGAAGGUCUAGAAAAGGAGCGUGAUUUCUACUUUAACAAGUUACGCGAUAUUGAAAUCUUGAUCGGAGCGAGAGCUGAGUUGAAAGACGGUACCGUGUCUGAGAUCGAGAUGGACAAUCUCAAACAGAUGCAAGCAAUCUUGUAUUCGACCGAAGAAGGAUUUGAAGUCCCUGAUGCUGAGAAGGGGCUAGUGGAUGAAGAAGAAACUUUUUGAAAAAAUCCUUGUUUUAUAUUCAGGCCCUAUUCCGGUUUCAAGCUCAGCAGUCAUCCGUGUAAUAAUGUUCUAUCCUAUUCACAACAACUCUCACUCAUCAUCUACCAUUUAACAAACCUAGGUGAUAUAUGAAGCUCUACAACUUGAAAAUUGUC